AUGACUAGCGGACGCCAACUGAGAGUCGUGAUUUCCAUUUCUUUACUGCUCUCAGCAUUCGUCUUGCUGUUGAGACUUUUCAGACUUCUCUCGGAGCCUCAGAUUUCUGCUUUGGCGGAUGUUUAUAAUUGCAAAGGUCACAUUUUAAAGCGUUUCUUUUGCAUUGCAUCUUGCGGGCUGGUUAAUUGGUUCACUUUUUGCCAAACCGUCAGACUGGCUCUUCUCGACUCGUUCACUCUUCGACUCCUCCGACAAGCUGUCCAUCAUGCCUGCACCCAUUUGGAGGGUCAAAGUGCCAAUGGCCGCGAGGCCGAUAUUUGCGGGCGAGAACGAGGAAGAAAAGGUACCAGCAAACUGUCGACACCGGCAACUGGCAAUUCGGGAGUGUUCGCGCAACAGGCCGUCGCUGGGACAAUCGCUGUGCUGUCCAGUCUGCUGCAGCGACACUUCUCAUUCGGUGGAGAGAGAAAAACGAGUCCCGCAAAUGUAUCUCCGUGUAUGCUCAGAGUGCACCAUAGUCUUUUAUCACACGCAUCUGUGUGCCACUUUAUACUGCACUUUAUUAUAUUCGCUCAUAAUGUUUAUCUGCAUAGAAUUUUUAUUGAUAAAUUGUAA